AUGUCGCUAGAGCCGCCCACUUAUCUCAGCUCCCUGCAGAACAACAUCCGCGCUCGGCCAAUUCCAUGGGAGGGCGCUGUCCGCGCGGGCAACAUCACCGAUGACCAGCUCAAGAAGAUCAAGGCGGUCGACAAGGUGCGCAAGGAGCAGCGGAUUCAGACAAUAGAGGCGGAUUUGGUUGGUUAUACCGGUCUGCUUGCUGGAGGCCCACAGGGUAAAAGCGUCUUGGAGUUGGCGUCUCGAAGGACAGAUAUUGUGCAAUACAUCUUGGUGCUGGCGUCGGACUUGAUUCAAGAUGUUCCCUCGCUGGCGGGCUCACUCGUCUUGCACCCCGAGCCAUACAAGCCUUUCCUGCCAUUCUUGCACCACUCAACCAACACCGAAGACCCCAUCCCGCUGCUCACAUCUACCUUCCUAACGGCUCUUGUGUCGCACAGUCUUGUCAAAUCAUCUAAGCCUGCGCCCCGGGAUCAGCAGGCUCUUCCGCAGCUGUACACAUAUCUCUCUACUCUCGCCAAGAACAACGACAGUGGCCUCCAGGAUAUUGGUGUCCAGGGGUUCUCGGAGCUACUUCGGAAGAAGCACUCCCGUGAGAUCUUUUGGAAUCACCCUGCUGGAACCAAGGAAAAUGGUAGUGCAUCGGGAAGUAACGCACGUGGCAUCGAGCCCGGCCUUGCAGGAGGCGUCGGUCUUCAGCUCCUCUACCGGGUCCUGUUAGUAGUGUGGCAGCUGACAUUUGAGAGCGAACUGGUUGGCGAAGAGCUUCAAGAGAACUACGAGAUUAUUCAACUCUAUACUCAGCUUCUGCGGCUUUCACCAAAGGAGAAGACGACCCGUCUUCUUCUCGCAACUUUGUAUAAUCUGCUCUUCAAUAACCGAACGACCCUCCUCCCUGUUGCUAUAUUUGUCCGUUUGCCUGCGCUUCUGACCAACCUUGCGGGCCGCCACCUGACCGACCCAGACCUCCUCGAAGACUUGAGUGCCUUGACUACCAUGUUGGAUGAGUAUACCAAGACCCAAACCACUUUCGACGAGUACGCCACCGAAGUUCAGUCGGGUCACCUCCGCUGGUCGCCCCCGCACAAGAACCCGACCUUCUGGAAGGAGAACGCCCGCCGAAUCUUGGACGAGGCAAAUGGCGCCCUGCCCAAAAAGCUUGCCGAGAUCUUGUCUAAGAACUGGGAUAAUGACAAACAAGUUUUGGCUAUUGCUUGCAAUGAUGUGGGGCAUUUAGUCAAAGAAAUUCCCGAGCGACGCACUCAACUCGAGCGCAUUGGUCUGAAGACGCGAGUCAUGGAGUUGAUGGCUGACAAGGACGAAUCGGUACGAUGGGAAAGCCUGCGAGCCGUGGGCGAGUGGCUUCGAUACACUUUUGAUGGCUGA